AUGAACAAUGACAAAAAUAAAGAUAAAUUUAAUCUGAAUUUCAAUGCUUUGAAGCGUCCAAGAACAAUAUCAGUGAAUGCGAAAGAAAAGAUAAUAAGCGAAUCACCAAUAAGACCUUCAUUAUUUCCUAUUAUUCCUUCAGUAGUGAUAACUUCUUCUUCUUCUAUUAUUAAAAUGACAAUACGUAAAGAUAUGUUAUCUGACAAAAUAGCAUCCAAAACUGUGACAGCAUUCAAGAUGUUGCAUCAUAGAGAUAUUUCAUUCGAUCAAUUACGAAAUGAAAAAUUAUGUUCAAGUCUUCUAAAUACAAAUCGUGUAAAGAAAGAUGGUUUUAGUAAUAAGCAGAUAAGAAUGUGGAAAGGGAGUGAAAGUAUUAGAAAAUUUUACGAGAAUUUGUACAUACCGAGCAACCCAGAUGAUCCAUCAUCUGAUACUUACAUCACAUUAAUCAUUAAAUCUAUUUUCACAUCUGAAAAAGAGCGUACACAAACAAAUGCCAUUUGGACUCAAUCAACUGAAAAUUUAAUAGAUGUAAAAGUGGGCUCAGAAAAUUAUGAUUAUUUGCCUAAUAGUGAAGCACUGAUGCAUAGUAAUCUAUAUAAUAAUGAUUACUAUAAUAAUGAUGAUAACAAUGACCAUUAUAAUGAUAACGAUAGUUUCACUGCCAAGGAAUGGGUAAAAUAUCAAACUCACAAUACCAACUCUGGAAAAUUUGUUUCUGUUUUUAAUAAACUUUUGGAUAAUUCAAAUGAAGAAUAUUCAGAAAAUUCAGAUGAUAAAUACUCAGAAAGUUCAGAGGGAGAAUAUUCAGACAGUUCGGAUGAGGAAUUUUAUAUAAAAAAAACUCUUCAAUUAGGAGAAAUAACAUUUUUUUGGUUGGGACAAACUAAAGAAAAUAAAAAAAGAAAGGCAUCAUAUCUUGGAAUAUUUAAUGUAACAUACUAUCGAAAAUAUGGACCAUCAGGUUCAUUUACGAAAGCAGCUAAAGGUUCUUCUUUAAUUACUCAAUACUAUGUGAAAAAAAAAUGA